UAAACAUAUUCCGGAUGGCAGGUUUACAUCAGAUGCUCUGAAACAGAUUCCCGUUUUCUCACAAACAUCAAGCUUAAACAGGAGCUCCAUCGUCGACAUUUUACUGCAUUUGCGAGAAACUGCUUUGAGAUAUGAUACAUCUCGAAUUGAUUUUGACCGAGAAAAUGCUUUCAGUGAUCAACAGUACACAACUCUUACUGGUCUUAGCAAGAAUUCCUUUAACGACCUGUUGUCUUAUAUCAGCGACAGUGUUAAGAAUACAUCUGUACGCAGCGCUAGGAAUAGCCUGGGGAUUUUUCUUGUGAAGAUGAAGUCCGGCCUUUGCAACAGUAUCCUGUCAACCAUUUUCAACGUCUCCAAAGCAAGCAUCCGUCGGGCUAUUCAUACAGUGCGGAGGGCAUUAAUGGAAAACUUUGUUCCCCAGAACCUUGGUUUUCAACACAUAUCAAGAGAAAGUGUUAUUCAACAUCAUACACGACCAUUAGCUGAAUCAUUGUUUGGUGGAACCGGAAGUCAAGCCCUACUAGUACUGGAUGGUACCUAUAUAUACAUUCAAAAGAGCUCCAACUUCACUCUCCAAAGAAAAUCCUACAGUUUGCAUAAAGACCGACCACUGUAUCUACAAGCGGUUAUUACAUCUCUGUUAUUGGACCCUAUCUCGCAAGAAACAACGAUGCAGCCAUCCUUCAGCACAUCAUGAAAUCAAACAGGGAGGAUGUAUUGAAGUGGGUUGAGGAAGACGAUAUCUUCAUUAUUGAUAGGGGUUUUAGGGAUUCUGUUGCAUACCUGGAAGAACUUGGCAUUCAGGCUAUCAUGCCAGCUUUCAUGAAAAAGGGGGAGAAGCAGAUGUCUACAUCAGAUGCAAAUACAAGUCGACUUGUAACAAAGAUUCGAUGGGUUGUUGAAUCGGCAAACGCUAGAAUAAAACGAUGGAAACUGCUUGACUGUAUUCUACCCACUAGCCAAAUACCAUUUAUUGGUGACUACGUCAAAAUUGUUUGUAGCAUAUCAAACAAAUACUACCCACCACUUUCUUCUGGUGACAGAGAUGCCGAUAAGGCUGUUGCAGCCAAAAUGCAGUUUCUUGCGAAACAAGUGAACCACCUUAAGGAGGAAGUCGAAGCAAGGAAACUGCGCUCACGAGUAGCCAUGUGGAGAAAUCCUGAAGAUCUCGAUUCCUUGGGCUUCCCUCAUUUGGAUGAGGAUGAUAUUCGCAACAUAACGUGUGGAGUGUAUCAGCUUAAACUUGCUAGCAGUUAUGCGGCGGAACAUUUUCAAGAUGGAAGCAAUAUCUUGAUACACAAAGAGGACCCGAAUCUGCUGAGAAUCAAAAUUCAGAGUAGACAUGUCUCUGCGAAAUCAUAUCUGCUUUGGAUUCGUUUUGAUGAAAUAAGUAUAACGCGUUGGUACUGUCAGUGCAAAGCUGGGGCCCGAGUGGUGGGGGUUUGUGCGCACGUCGCGGCAGUUAUUUGGUAUAUAGGACUCCGUAACUACAAAUGAUCGUUUAAAUCUGUCCAAGACUGGGGAAGAUUCGUUGAUGACGCUUCAGUUUUGCCGGAACCAGUAGACGAGUCCGAGUCAGACGAAGAUCUAGUUGAAGAGUAAAUUAAACGGAAGUUGUCAAAUGAAAUCACUGAUAUGUAUCAAUUGAAUUGUAGAUGGGGUAAUUUUUUUGAAAGGUAGUUUUCAUUUGUUUUUGUUUUUUAUUCUUUAAAUCGACUCUCUUAAAUGAUAUCUGAUUUGUAGUACAUAUCAUAAUUAUCAAAAGUUGAAUUCAAUAACAUGCUUGUCAAUAUGUGAACGUUUACUUUUCUAAUGGCCACUUGCUGCUUUCAUAGUCAUCAUUUUAUGUACUGUAUGAUUUUAAAGAAUAACGAUCGAAAUUUUGAUACAUGCAAAAUAUGUAUAAUGAAAGGGGAAUCCAAUAUUCUUCUUUUUCAGUGUAUUUUGUGUACGUUUAAUAUAGACAUAUAGUUUAUAUAAUGUCUUAUAAUAUAGGUAAUUUCAAAUAGAAAGUUUGAUUAAUA